AUGACCGCAACUCACAGUUUUGGUCGGAGAUUGAUACCCCAGAUCGUGGACGAUCGUUCCAAGAGCUCACCAGAGCGCAUUGUGUACUCAUUUCCACUCGACCCGCAACUGACGAGUUGGCAUCAUGUCACCGCGCGUGUACUGGCCAAUGCGGUGGACACCCUUGCGUGGAAACUGGCCGCAGAUCUGGGUCGUAGCUCGACCUUCGAAACCGUGUCAUAUAUCGGGCCACAUGACAUACGAUACGUGAUGGUUGUGCUUGCCUGUAUCAAGGCAGGAUAUCAAGCGUUGUUGCUCUCGCCUCGAAACAGCUUGGAUGGCAACAUGGCCCUGUUGGAGGAUACUGAUUGCAAAAUCUGGAUGAACGCCUCAUCGACAUUCUCAGCCGUGUCUGAAAUUCUAAAGAAGAGGGAAAUGGUGGUGGUGAAUGUUCCAGGUCUUUUUGAGUUGCUUGAAGCAGACCCUGUGCCUCAUUUCCCAUAUGAAAAGGUCUGGAAAGACGCAUCAAAGGAUCCUUUCUGCAUUCUACAUACGUCGGGCACAACCGGCCUCCCUAAACCGAUUAGGUGGAAUAAUGGACUUCUGAGCACAGUGGAUGCAGUCAGAUUGCUUCCAUCGGUCGAAGGAGACAAUGAUAUGAAGCCUUGGACGUCGCUGUGGAGCCCGGGAGAUAGGCUAUAUUCAGCGUUUCCCUUCUACCAUGGUGCUGGAAUGGUCUUCAAUCUCUUGAUGAACAACUUCUAUGAAACGCACGGCAUCAUUGGCCCCUCGAGUAUCAUCCCAAACGUCGAUUUUAUCGCAUCAUUGGCCGAACAGGGCCUUGUCGAUAUCUGGAAUAUUGUGCCCUCUCUUGUCGAUGAAAUAGGCGAGAGUUUCGAUGUGAUUGAUAAAUUCGCCAAUUCGAAGUUGAUAUGCGCAUCUGGAGGGCCGGUUCGCUAUGCUCCCGCCUCCAAAGUGAACAGCGUGGUACGCGUACUCAAUCUUACCGGGACUACGGAGGGUCUUUUCAUCGGAAAUCUUGUGCCAGAUCGCGAGGACUGGAUCUACUUUUGCUGGCACCCAUGGUCGGGAUUUGAAUUCCGCGAAAUCGAACCAGGGCUUUACGAGCAUCAUGUUGUCAAGAACGAGCAUGCAAAUCUCUUCCAGGGAUUGUUCCACACUUUUUCUGACGUUCAUGAAAUGUCACUCAAGGACCUCUAUGCGAAGCAUCCCACGAAACCGAAUCACUGGAUCUACCGGGGGAGAGCAGAUGAACUGAUUGUUCUGUCUAACGCGCAAAAGUUUGCGCCUUCCGCUGUUGAAACGCUUGUCAGUUCUCAUCCGAACGUUGCCGGCUGUCUUGUCAUUGGUAGUGGCAAGUUCCAGGCUGGCCUUCUGAUUGAGCCCAAGAACUCCCAAGUCCGCAAUCUUUCGGAAAGGAAUGAAAUGGUGGAUGCAAUCUAUGGCCUCGUACAACAGGCCAACGAGUUAUCGCCAUCAUAUGGUACUAUUGGCAAAGAUUACAUCAUGUUCACCCGGCCGGAUAAGCCAUUUCUACGUACCGACAAACGCACCAUCAAGCGGCGAGCUACGCUGCAGAUGUACGCUGGUGAUAUCGACAGUCUAUACAAGGAACAGGAACUAGUUCAAUCAGCAAUCGAGAUCAUUCAAAGUGCUGAUUUUAGCUCUUUGGGAGAUAUCCAAUCUUCUCUCCUAGAACUUGUUGGUAGCCUUGGAAGUGGGUAUGGAGAUCUUUCACCUCAAGACGACCUGUUUAGGGCUGGAGUUGAUUCACUUUUCGUGCUGCGCCUUACGAAGUCGCUUCGACUCAUGCUGUCGAGCAAAGGAAUCGAACCGACAGCAAUCUCUUCGAGAACCAUUUACACGGAACCAACCAUCGAACGUCUGUCCCUGUUCUUAGCGCACAUAUUGAGAAUGGGGCAGCCCAUUGGCUCUUCGGCAGGGUCCCCCAUUCAAAAGCGUGAUAUGCAACGCCAAAUGGCUCGCCUCAGAGAGUUCUAUAGCCCAAGGGGCGAGUCCAUCACAGUGUUGCUGACGGGAAGUACGGGAUCUUUGGGCUCAUACAUCCUUGCCAGGUUGAUGUCUUUGGACCAUGUUGCGACAAUUUACUGUCUCAAUCGCGCGGAAGUCGGUCUCAGACUACAGACUGAUGUCAACAUAUGUCGCGGGCUUGGUACGGAUUUUCCAAAAGAGAAAGUCAAAUUUCUUCACGCAGACCUUUCCAAGCCGUAUUUUGGCUUGAGAUUUGAAGACUACAGUGAAUUGCUUCAUGAGGUCUCGCAUGUCAUUCACAACCAAUGGCCCGUCAACUUCAAUUGGGACCUUGAAUCGUUCGAGCCUCACAUUCGAGGCACACGUCGUCUGAUCGAUCUAUGCAAGAGUACCAGGAAGAGUUCAAGUCUCUUCUUUAUCUCUACCAUAGGAGUAGCUACACAAGUCCGCGGCGCUCCAACGAUCCCUGAGGCCCCGAUUCACUCCGAUGAGAUUGAUUCCAAUGGCUACAUCUGUGCGAAGACAGUCUGUGAGAUGAUCAUACAAGACGCUGUAGCUAGAACUGGUAUCAACGCUUCUAUAUGUCGCGUUGGUCAAAUAGCAGGCCCCGUGAGAACGGGCGAGGGUCAAUGGAAUAGAAAUGAGUGGCUGCCUACAAUCAUCUCGACUUCUCAUAAUCUCGGCAUAUUACCGUCAUCUCUUGGAGAUUUCAAUCGAAUCGACUGGAUUCCUGUGGAUAUAUUGGCGGACGUCAUUAUUGAACUUGCUGGUCUUGAGCAAAACAUGGCGACGGGGCAAUUCUCGUCGCAAACCUCAUCGCAUACCAAAGAUGUAAGAUUCUAUCAUGCUAUCAACCCGAAUACCACUACAUGGUCCGAGCUGGUACCUGUGGUAGCUGAACGGCUCGGUGAGUCAUUGAAGAUUCUUUCUUGGAACGAAUGGGUAGAUGCACUGCGUCGAGUACAUGAUGAGAACAUGACAAUCGGCCCUGAAGAACUUCCUGGUUUGAAGCUCCUGGAUUUCUUUGAGUCGUUGAAGUCGGGUUCGCAAAGCGUGCCACUCGAAACGGGUCUGAGUGUUGCCAGAAGUAAGACCUUGUCAUCUCUCGUGCACGUCAGUCCAGAGUGGAUGGACUUAUGGCUUCAGCAAUGGGGCUAUUAG